ACGUUUUCCAUCUCAUUUUUCUUUUUCUUUUUUCCUUCUACUAUCUGUACACCGGUUUUGGAUUUUGGUGGAUCAUUCAUUCAUCAUAAUUAUGGCUUCUUAUCAAGCACAGUCGCAUUUUUCGUCGGCGGAGGAGCAUGGCAGUAGUCUUGUUAGACCUUGGGCCUCACAUCUAGUCCAGCGGAAGCAAGAUACCGGCGCCCGUCGGUAUUCAUGGAAACCCGCUUCAUUCCGCCUCGUUACUCUUCUUACUAUUACCUUGCUUGCAUGGGUUUUGAUUGCGAUUCUACAGAUCCUUCUCGUCCGCAGCCAGCGGGAUGGCGGUAUUAUUCUUAUGUCCUCCAUCGAUGACAUACCUUUCGCACAGUCAUUCUCAUACAAAUACUUGCCUACAAUCAUUGCGCUCGUUUUCAGCAUCUUUUGGAGCUGGAUCGAUCUUCAAGUCAAGAGAGUGGAGCCCUACUAUCAACUCAGCAAAAUAGCCGGAGUGUGGGGCAAAGACAGCUUGCUCUUGAGCUAUCCAUUCGACUUCAUGCCGUUCGUUCCCUUGAGUGCUUUCAGAAACAGGCAUUGGGCUGUGUUUUGGGCUGGCACGUCUAUGCUGUUCAUAACAUGGGGUGUUGUCCCAUUUCAAGCAGGUAUCUUUGCUACCGAAACCAUUUUGCGUACCACGCCUGCGGUCUUUUCUCGUUCCCUCGAUUUCAUUCCUGCUAGCAAACAAAAGGCCACAUUAACCAAUCGCUAUGUCCACUCUAGCCAUGGCAUAAUCUGGCUGAACGAGACUCUUCCGCCAUACAUGACAAGAGACUAUGUACUCGCACCUUUCAAGCUGCAAGAAGCUGAGACCGCUCUUGCAGUCAACCAAACGUGGACCUCAGAUACGACACUGUACAGUCUCGACAUGAAAUGCGAAGUCCCAAUGGUCCAGGUUAGAAAGGACGAGUACAAUAGGUUCUCAUCAGAGUACGUAAGCAGCAACGGCUGCAGUUCCCCUACGGAUCUUGCUACAAGUUUCGGCAACGAGACUAUUGGGCCUAAGCCGUCCUUGCAUGGUCAAUCAGUAUAUGACACUAAGGAGUUUGCGUCGUUAUAUAUCGGGUACUAUAGUACUGACACUUCCGACUAUUACUUGUCACAGGGAGGCAAGUGCCUAUCGAAUCACACUUUCAUGGCACUAUACACUCGUAACAAGAAUUCGGCCAAUGACCCGCCUCAAAACGUAACGAGACUCUAUUGUAUACCGUUCUAUUACCAGCAAGAUGUCACUGCUGUUGUUGAUGCUUCUACUCAACGUCCUCUCAAAAUAGAAGCGAAGAGCGAAAAGGUCCCGCUUCCUGCCGAGACGUGGGAUUCGAAGUUUUUUGAGGAUCAGAUGAACGGUGGUAAGCAAGAGCAGAUUCGCGAUACACUGCCACUCAAGUAUUGGCCCGAUCAACUGGAAACGCUUUCCACCGUGCCGCUGAGUUUAGCACCGGAGGGUCUAGCUCUCGUUACCAUGGCUGGGCUCGUUGUUGGCGCCUCUCAACGGUCGCUAGCAGACCUCUUGGACCCGGAAGCAUUACGGGCUGCGUAUGAAACCACUUAUCGCAUCAUAUUUGCAAGAUCUAUGGUCGAGAUCUUGGAUCAAAAAUUCACAAAUACGAGAACAGUGAAUGGAAGCACAGAGCAUAUGACCGCAGCGGUUGUGGUCGUUCCCGUGUUCACAUACCUUGUGGAGGGUCUCCUAGGGUUUGUAUCUCUAUGCAGCAUCGCCCUUAUUGUCAUCUCCAUUCGACGAAAAUGGAGCUUGCACUCGGAUCCCGCAACUAUAGCCAGUGUUAUGGCGCUGGUAGCCGAUAAUCCGACACUGUUGGGGGACUUCACCAAGCUCGAUGGUGCAAAUAAAGAACGUUUCGAGGAAAGUCUGAAAGACAAAAAGUUCCAGCUAGAAUACAAUGAAAGGGGCAACAUCAUUACCGAAGCAGACAGCUUCGACCCGCUCGAUCACAAUUCCCAUGGUAUAGUUCGCACCGAGUCUGAUGAAUCUCAACCCGCAAAGCCAAUACGACCGCGCGAAUUUCAGUCUCUCAUGGUAUUGCCUUUCGUCAGUCUGCUGAUCGCCCUCGCAAUUACUCUCGGUGUGCUAUUGCUGAAGAGUCAACCAUACGGCAUUGUCCGACCGUCGAGCAGAGCCAUCGUCCGACAACUCAUUGAGAAUUACAUACCCACUGCUAUAGCUACCUUCAUCGAACCCGUCUGGGUGUUGGUGAACCGCUUGAUGUGUAUGCUACAGCCGUUCGAAGAGCUCCGUGGAGGCAAUGCAACACCACAGAAAUCCAUUAACGCGGAUUAUAGCUCUCUACCACCGCAGCUUGUUAUCAUUAAAGCGCUUCGAUCGUCGCAUUUUAAGCUUGCUGCUGUUUGUACGAUGGCACUCCUGACUAAUGUCCUUGCCAUUGCCUUCUCUGGAAUGUUUGACGAGCGUUCUGUUAUAUUUCCGUACAGAGUACCACUACAGCCACCAUAUGAAACCAAGUUUGUGUCGAUCAACGGUACAGUCGGACCAGGUAUGUUGGAGCAGUCCGGUGCUUUUACUGGAGGCCUAGGCACGAACCAAUUCCUCGUUGCUGAAUCGAAUUAUACUGCUGGAACACCACUUCCGGCUUGGACAGGCAAUCAACUCUUUUUUGUUCCUUUCGCAGAUAAGGAGCUUUUGAAGUUAAAGGAAGAUGAAAGAUUGGAAGCGCGCACAACGGCUGUUGGCGCAGAACUGGACUGCCAGCAAAUCGACCCGCGGAAUUUGACAGCCAGUUGGUAUCGAGACUCACACAAUAGUGGCUCUACCUCGGAUGUCUCGGUGACAAUAGAUGGUGUAGCCUGCGAAAAAAAAGACAUUCGAACAGAAGACGGACCGGAAGGUGUUAACGGGGGACUCAAUCCAUAUUGCGAGGACGGUAGGACUAGUAUGGAGUUGGUAUUGCUCCCUCAGGCUCGCCAGAAUGCUUCGUUGGCCGAGCAGGACUUUUGCGCUCGGUUGGCUGUGUUUGGUUAUGUCCGAGAUGCUAACAUCUGUCGGCGAAAUACGACGACGUUCGAUCAGUCCAAUGCGUUAUUCGUCGGAUGUCGCACGAAAAUUGUCGCCGGCGAGGCCACUGUGCUCGUUGGUAACGAUGGGCGGGUGCACAAGGUAUCCCAGCUGGACACAUCAUCAGACCUCUCCUCAACUUUCACGGAACGACAUUUUAGCAACAAUGCAUCAAACCUUUUGCGACAAGGGAACACUUUUCUUCUCCGAUACCCUGGAGCGAGAUGGCACAACCAGUCAUUCGCCAGUGAGUUUAUGAAUUACUUCAUGUUCAAGCAAGCGAACAACAGUCGACUCAUAGACCCGAACCUACCUCUUCCGAGCCUGGAAGAAGUGACACGACAACUGUAUCCCGUCUACAGUAAGCUUUUCGCAAUAUGGCUUGGCAUAAACAGAGACAAGCUACUUGUCCCUCGAAAUAACGGCUCGUCUUUCACAAUAGAGGGGUGGAUACAUGAACGUCAGACUCGCAUUUUUCUCUCUAUGCCACUGUUCAUUAUUGCAGAAGCAAUUUUAGGCAUAUACACCAUCGUAGCAGUGUGCAUAUACCUUUGGCGACCGGGCCGCUUCCUACCGCGCAUGCCAACGUCUAUCGGCGCGAUCAUUGCAUUAUUCGCUGCGAGUCAAGCCGUGUGUGAUAUGCAUGGGACUAGUUUGCUGACAAGGAAGGAGAGGAAAAGGCACGUGGAAGGCUUGGGGACAAGGUAUGGGUAUGGGACGUUCGUGGGCGUUGAUGGGAGGUUGCAUCAGGGUAUCGAAAAAGAGCCACUUGUGAAUGCCGUGCCGGUGCUAGGCAUAGUUGAGAAGGUGCAAACUGGGUUUUCGCAGAAGAGUUUGGUGUUUAAGCGAAGUCGUAAUUGAGAUGGGUAUAGUUGUUCAAGGCCGUUUUACCUGAACAGCUUCAGCAUCAUUUUCACGAGAAUGGACUACAUUUCGCGUCCAAUAGAUCUGGACUUCUAGGAUUAAAGCUUAGGUAAAAAAAACGGUAGUAACGUCAUCAACCACAAAGCUUGGAAAGGUGCUCGCCAUACCGCUAGAUGCCAAUCAAAGGUGAAGUC